CAGAAAGCCCUGCUCUGAGCAGCAUACGAUCCAAGUGGAAGACAAGGAACAACAGAUGGAAGGAGAUGGUAUUCUCAGUGGGGCAGAAAGCAUCUGGAUCUGCUGGGAUUAUGAGGAAGAUGAAGUAUUCCUGGGGAGUCUUCGUGGGAAGAGGCGGCAAGUGGGAGAAAAUGGCUGGGGAAAACGCAAGGAUGUUGCCCAAGGCCACGCGUGAGGAGAGGAAGAAGCAGGAAGCGAAGAGGAGAGGGAAACUGAAAACCAUGGCAGGCAAAUUGCUAAAGGCCGUGGCUGGUGGGAAAGAGGCAGCGGAGGGGCAGGCUGGCAGUGAGGAUGUGGCAGGGAAUCUGCUGAAGAUGGCAACCAGUGGGACGGAGGCGGAGGGAGAAAUGCCUGCAGAGGAAACCAUCUGCGGAUUCAUUGAGCAAGGAAAAUUUUUUGAAGCUUGUGAUCGUAUUUAUGAUCUGCAGCAUUCUGGAAAUGAUGGUGCUGGAAAGUCUGAAUCACUUUAUAUGCUACUGGCUGAACGAAUGUGGACUGUGGUGGGAGAAGCGCUCAGUGGAAGUGGUAGGAUGUUCCUGGAGCCAUUGCAGUCGGUGGCGGAAUCACUGAAGUGGGAGAAGAAGAAGGAAGCAGAGUGGCUUGGCAGUGGCCAAGAGACAGAGUCUGUUUCCACCUGGAGUCCAAACUUCUGGAGGAAAGAUCUGGAGGAAAAACUAAUACAGUACAUUACGGCCCAGAUUCCCUGCUUUGGUUCCUCUACUAACACAGACAAGACUGUGCUAAACCAGCAUCUGAGUCAGCUGGAAAUGACUUUUCUCCCCAGCCUGGAGCACAGAAGUGGUUUCUUCAAGGAAGCAGGACUGCUCGUCACCUACACCCGCUGCUGUCAUGCCUCUUUGUCUUCUCACCUUUCCACCCUUACUGACAGUAACCAUUUCAGCUUCAGCCAAUGUCUUCUAGUGUAUGAGUGGGCCCUUAAAAUGUACAGAAGUGGCAGCGAGACAGGCCUGGGACCCAGGCAGAACCCCCAGCACAGCCCUUCCCUUGGUGUACAGUGUCUCGUGUGGAUUAUUUUGAAGACUGAGGAAAAGUUACUUACAGUUGCCCGGGGCUGCAAUCUGCUCUGCUCAGAAGCCAAUGUAUCCGGAGGAAAGGGAGGCUAUGGGUGA